UAUAGUGCAAGCAUGGCUGAAGAAUUGUCGGGUGUAACUAUAGUAAUAUUUAUAGCUGCCGGAGUUUUAACAAUAUUGUUAUUAUUCAUUUUUGCUAAGCGACAAAUAAUGAGAUUUGCUUUGCGUUCACGACGCGGACCACAUAUUCCUAUUGGGCACGAUGCUAAAAAGUCGCUGAAGAGAGAAAUCGAAAGGCGUAUAGAAGUAAUACCAAGAAUUCAAUAUGAACCACAACUUAUAAGUGACUCUAGAUAUAUCUUAACUCCUGGUAGUCAAGUUCCACCACAUUAUUAUAGAUUGAAAGCUGUAGAUGAUAUUAAAACUUUAGAAGCUGAAAUUACAAAAUAUGACAGUUGCUUAAAAAGACAUCCAUCUGAAAAUUUAAGAGCAUAUUUAUUAUCGACUCUUGCAACACCGUUAAAUGGAAGUGGUCAACGUUUGAUUCAUCAAUUUUGUGAUUUGUAUGAACAUGCAAAACAUGAUCCAACAGAAUUUGGUGAUGAAGAAUACCAAAUAUAUACACGUUUAUUUCUUAAAUUAAUGGAUGCAGCUCGUCUUUUGAAGUCUUAUCCAAGUAGUAAAAAAUCCAGUCCAAGCCGUACACCAAUAAAGAAGAAUAUAGAAACUAAAAGAAAUAUAUUGGAACCACGAAUGCGUUUGCCUGAAGAUCAGGUCUUAACAGGAUCAAGACCAAGCACCUUAACAGUAAUGGCACUAGAUAAUAGUGAAACAUCCGUUUAGCAUUAUGAGAAUCGUCACAUACAACAUAUGUGACGAGUAAAAUGUGUAUAUAUAUAUGUAUAUAUAACAUAUAUCUGAUUUACUUUUUUUUUUAUAUUUACGUAGUUUUAGAUUUUCGCCUCUAUAUUCAUACAAAAAUAUAUGUGUAAUAUUUAUAACUUCUUAUUAAAAAAAUAUGCAUGUUAUGGCAGUGCAGGAAAUACUAUAUCUACAAAUGUAGAAUAGAUAACUCUAAUUUUUAUAUACAAUAUUACUCUUUUUUAUAUUUAUCAAAAAUGUAUGUCUAUCACAUAGAAUAUAAUAUCGCUUAAUCAUAUCUAGAAUUCGAUACUCGAAAAGUAAAUUGUAUUAUUGUAUAUUUACACAUUGUACAUUUACAUUCAUAUAUAUUCUUAAAUCGAUGAUAAAUAGGUAAACCAAUUCUUAUUAUAAUGUGGAUGAUGUUUUAAGGAAAUUAAUGAAUUAUGAAAUGCAGAUUUAUACAGUUCUGGUAAGGGACUUGUUCUCAUUAGGUGUAACCACUCCAUUACCUGAGAAAUUGUUAUUGAAAAUUAUUGUUAAUAUAGUAACGAUUACAAAUUAUUAGUACAAUUAUAUGCAUGCUAUAAUAGAAAAUAUCUAAUUUUUAAAGAUUACCUGAGGGAUUAUAUUAUCUUUCCAAUAUUGUAUAUCAGCAAGCAUAGCCAUAGCCUUUGGAAAUAAUCUUGCUCUGACAUGUUGUGAGGAUAUAAUGGAAUAUGUAUCCAUUAUUAUGCAAUCCAUUCCAGAGAAACAAAUAAUAGAGACGAAAAAAACAUCACAGUAAAAUAAAAUACGUUGAUCUUCUUCAGAUA